AUGUCCGUCCUUGGCACCCAUCAGAGCGAUGCGCUCAAUCGCAUCUUUGCUGGACUCAAGAGCAGAGAUGAGGCCACACGUCAAGCAGCUGGCGAAGAGCUCAAAUCGCACGUCGCACUCGUCGUCUCGGAACUCAAGGGUGACAGCCUCUCCUCGUUCAACAACGAUCUACACCGCAGAAUCUUCGAACUUGCGCACAGUCAGCAUGUUCACGAAAAGCUUGGUGGUGUCAUUGCCAUCGAAGACCUCAUCGAACAGGAAAGCGAGGACAAUAGCGCUCGUCUCUACCGCUUCUACCAAUACCUCAAACCUAAUUUGCCAUGCAACGAUGCUUCCGUCAUGAUCGCCGCCUCCCGCGCCUUGGGAAGGGUCGCCUACCACGGCGGUCAAUCGCUCGGAGAACAGUUUAUCGAAUACGAAGUGCUUCGUGUGCUCGAUUUCCUCCAAGCCGGCGAUCGGAACGAGUCGGGACGAUACGCUGCCGUGCUCAUCAUCCGUGAAAUGGCAAAAAGGGUGCCGCAGCAGUUUCAUCCCUACGUUCCUCGUGUCCUAGACCGCAUCUGGGUUGCUCUCCGAGAUGUUCGUGUCAUCGUCAGAGAAGGGGCCGCAGAAGCCAUGGGUGCCUGUCUCGGCAUCAUCGCUGCACGUGAAAAGCAGAUGGGCAGUCAUUUUUUCGAGUCAAUCUACGAAGAGGCCGAAAAGGGCCUCAAGAUGAGCGCACCCGAAGCCAUCCACGGAAGCCUGCUCGCUGUACAGCAGCUGCUGCAGCACUCGAAAACCUUCAUGCGCAAUCGCUUCCAGCGCGCCUGCGAGCUCGUCUUCCGUCUGCACAAGCAUCGCGAUCCUCUGAUCCGCCGCACCAUCACCAACCUGGUCCCCGUCCUGGCGCGCUACGACCCACACUAUUUCGCCGAGGAGCAUCUGCGAGCCGUCAUGGGCAUUCUCACAGAGCAACUACGAAGAGAAAAGGACCGAUCGCCCAAGGAGUCAGCACAGACGUUUGAAACAAUCGGCUUUGUUGCUGCAGCCAUGGGUCCCAGGAUGAAGCCUUUCAUCGAGCCAGUCCUGGCCUGCGUCAAGGAGGGCCUGCAGAUGCGCGGAAAGAAAAACGCCCCACCCGAAGGCCCCAUCUUUCUCUGUGUCGGCAACCUUGCCACCGCAGUGGGUCCACAUCUCACACGAUACAUGCACGACCUCCUCGACCUCAUGUUCUCUUGUGGCCUCAGCAUCCCGCUCGUCACAGCACUCGAUGGCAUCGUAAAGGCAAUUCCGCCACUCAUGAAGGUGGUACAGGAUCGUCUCUUGGACAUGCUUUCCAUGACGCUGAUUGGACAACCCUACCGCCCGCUCGGAGCUCCCGCCAGUCUUCGCCCCUCGGCCAACGCUAGUCGCGAUGUGGUUGCCGCUCAAACCGUCGAAUCCAAGGGUGUCGAGACCAUAACGGUCGCACUGCAGACGCUGGGCAGGUUCGACUUCCAAGGCCACAUUCUCAACGAAUUCGUCCGUAACUGCACGCUCCCUUACCUCGAGGAUGACCAUGCUGCCGUGCGGCAAGCUGCGGCUGAGACGUGCGCCGACUUGUUCGUCAACGACCCCAUCUGCCGUCAAACCAGCAUGCACGCCAUCGAGGUGGUCAACGAUGUGCUCGACAAGCUCAUGACCGUCGGCAUUGCUGAUCCAGAUCCAGAACUCCGAUGGACAGUGCUCAGCAAGUUUGGCGCUCAGGAGCAAUUUGAUCGCCAUCUUGCCCAAUCCGAAUAUGUCCGUUCCCUCUUCAUCGCGCUCAACGACGAAAAAUUCAAGGUUCGCGAGGUGGCCAUUGUCAUCAUCGGGCGUCUGGCAAAGCACAACCCAGCCUACGUCAUGCCCUCCCUCCGCAAAGCACUCAUUCAGCUGCUCACCGAGCUUGAAUAUUCGACGGUCAGCCGGCACAAGGAAGAGGCUGCUAAGCUGCUGACCGAGGUCGUCCGUGCCUCACAACGUCUCGUCAAGUCGUAUGCGUUGCCCAUGCUUGAGGUGCUGUUGCCCAAAGCAAACGAUCCCAGCGUCGGUGUCGCGGCCAGAGUCAUGGAGUGUCUCGGUGAACUCGCCAAAGUGGGAGGAGAGGAUCUUGCGCCAAACGUCGAUCAGCUCAUGCGUCUUGCCAUCGACCAACUCUCAAGCACCGCACCUGGCUCAUCCACCGCAAAGCGGGACGCUGCUCUCAAGACACUUGGUCUCGUCGCUUCCAACACUGGCCACGUCGUCAACCCAUACCUCACGUAUAGAAACCUGCUCGGCACGGUCGUCAAGAUCCUCAAAACAGAGCAGUCCAAGCCCGUCCGUCGCGAGACGAUCCGUGUCAUGGGCAUCCUUGGUGCUCUGGAUCCAUACAGAUACAAGCUGCUCGAGAAGAACGGCGACGAGGGUCAAGACGAGACAUCAAAGGGAAGCGGCACCGACCUCUUUGAGCUUGCUUUGGCAAUCGGCACUUCGACCGACGACUACUACCAGAACAUCGCCAUUGAUGCGCUCAUCACCAUCCUCAAGGACCCUUCGCUCUCGACACAUCAUCAUGCCGUCAUCGAGGCCAUCAUGUACAUGUUCAAGACGCAAGGUCUCAAGUGCGUCACUUUCCUGCCUCAGAUCAUUCCAGCUUUCCUCAACGUGAUCCGCACCUGUGGCACGGGCCUGUCCGAAUUCUACUUUCAGCAGCUAGCCAUUCUCAUCUCGAUCAUCAAGCAGCACGUCCGCAGCUACCUGGAGCCCAUCUUUGAGCUGGUCCAGGAAAAUUGGAACCCCAAUUCAAGCAUCCAGCUCACCAUUGUCUCGCUCGUCGAGGCGGUUGCGAAAGCGCUUGAAGGCGAGUUCAAAUCAUAUCUGCCUAUCUUGCUGCCCAACAUGCUCCAGACGCUCGACGGUGAGAUAACCAGCAAGCGUCAGCCUACAUUGCUCCGUAUCCUGCAGGCCUUCUACGUCUUUGGUUCGAAUAUCGAGGAGUACUUGCAUCUGGUGCUGCCGGUCGUCGUCAAGAUGUUCGAGCGCCCGGACGCGUCGCAGACGCUUCGACGUGCUGCUAUCUUGACCGUAGGUAACUUGUCGCGCAAAGUCAGCUUCUGCGACCAUGCAUCACGCGUAAUCCACCCUCUGGUCCGUGUGCUGCCUACGGGGACUAGCGACAUUCGCAACGCCGUCAUGGAGACAUUGUCUGCGCUCGUAGUGCAGCUCGGCGCUUCGUACGCCAUCUUUAUUCCCGUCGUCAAUAAGGUGCUGAUUCAAAAUCGUAUACAGCAUGCGACGUACGAUCAGCUCGUCUCCAAGCUGCUGAAUGGCGAACGCCUGCCGCAAGACCUGUCUGCGGCUGACAAUGCGUUGGGGAGCAAGAUCGACGAGUCGCCCCAAGCCGAGGCUAACAAGAUGACUGUCAACCAGCAACAUCUCAAGCAAGCCUGGGAUACGUCCAAAGUGUCGACGAGCGAAGACUGGCAAGAAUGGCUCAGAAGGAUGGCGGUCGAGUUCAUGCGCGAAUCGCCAAGCCAUGCCUUGAGGGCCUGCAGAAGUCUAGCAGACGUUUACCCAGCGUUGGCGUACGGCCUUUUCAACGUCGCCUUUGUUUCGUGCUGGACCGAGCUGUACGAGCAGUAUCAGAGCGAUCUAGUCAAGGCGCUUGAGACAGCAUUCGAUGCACCUGAAGUGCCUGGCGAUGUGGUGCACAUGCUACUCAAUCUGGCCGAGUUUAUGGAGCACGAUGACAAGGCGUUGCCAAUCAACAUUCGCGUGCUUGGCGACCGCGCAUACAAGUUCCACAGCUAUGCAAAGGCGCUCCACUACAAGGAGGCCGAGUUCCUCACAGAUCCUUCGCCGCAGGUCGUCGAAAGUCUCAUCGAUAUCAACACCAAGUUGCAGCAGUCCGAUGCGGCGUUCGGUGCCCUCACGUACGCUCGGGAGCAUCUCGACAUCACCCAUCACGAAGAGUGGUACGAGAAGCUGCACCGCUGGGAGGAGGCCUUGACUGCGUACGACCGCAAAGCCAUGCUCGACCCAGACGACUAUGGCGUCGCCUUUGGCAAGAUGCGCUGUCUGCAUGCUUUGGGAGAAUGGGAGCACCUAUCGGACCUUGUGCAGCAGAAAUGGGGCAGAGCUGACAUGGAGGACCGCCGACAUAUGGCGCCGCUUGCCGCGGCUGCCGCCUGGUCGCUCGGUCAGUGGGACACCAUGGACGACUACAUUUCGGCCAUGCGCUCCGACUCAUCUGAGCGCUCCUUCUACCGUGCCAUCCUGCACACGCAUCGUUCGCAACGAGCCGCGGCCAACAAGCAGAUCGCCAAGGCUCGAGAGUCGCUCGACUCGGAGCUCACUGCUCUCAUCAGCGAGAGCUAUGGCCGUGCAUACGACCUCAUGGUUCGUACACAGAUGCUUUCCGAGCUCGAGGAGGCACUGGCAUACAAGCUCGACUACAAGGAGCAGCCUGACCGCCAGGCGACCAUUCGCUCCACGUGGAUGAAGCGUCUCAAAGGCUGCCAGCCCGAGGUAGAGGUGUGGCAGCGCAUCCUCUCUGUGCGUUCGAUCGUGCUCACUCCGGCCGACGAUACGGAAACGUGGAUCAAGUUUGCCAACUUGUGCCGCAAGUCCGGACGCAUGGUGUUGGCUGAAAAGACGCUUAACUCGCUGCUGGGCCCGGAACGUACGAAUGCUGAUCCACGAUCGCCGAUUGGUCCCAGAGCACCGCCUCCGGUCAUCUACGCCCACCUGAAAUUCAUGUGGGCUUCUGGAGCCAGAAUUGAGUCGCUUAGCUAUCUGCAAGAGUUUACGCUCAAUCUCGCUGAGGAUCUUGGGGUCCACACUGUCGACGAGCACGGCAACCUUGUCACGCAGGACUGGCAGUCGUCGCCACAUCUCGGCGAGUUUGCACGCCUGCUGGCACGCUGCUUCUUCAAGCAAGGCGAAUGGCAGAUGUCGUUGCGCGAGAACUGGGUCACGGACGACAACAGCAAUGUGAUCGAGAGCUACCGCAGAGCGACUGAGCUCGAUCGAAACUGGUACAAGGCAUGGCACGCUUGGGCGCUGGCGAACUUCGAGGUCAUCUCGCACCACGAGGAGAGGAAUGAACAGAUCACUCCGCAGAUGAUUGCUGCCAGUAUCGUGCCUUCGGUGCAGGGCUUCUUCCGCUCGAUCGCGUUGGCGAGUGGUAACUCGUUGCAAGACACGCUCCGCCUGCUUACCCUAUGGUUCAAGUAUGGUCAUCAAGAGGACGUCUCGCAGGCGGUUAGUGAAGGGUUUGCUAGUGUCAUCGUGGAUACGUGGCUCGAGGUGAUUCCGCAGAUUAUUGCACGUAUCACUGCGCCCUCUCCACGAGUGCGUCGCCUGAUCCACAACUUGCUGUCGGAUGUCGGUCUGGCGCAUCCGCAGGCGCUUGUCUAUCCUCUCACGGUCGCUGCCAAGAGUCCGAGUCAUAUGCGUAUCCAGGCUGCCAUGGGGAUCAUGGACAAUGUGCGCGAGCACUCGCCCGUUCUCGUCGAGCAGGCGUUACUGGUGUCGAACGAAUUGAUCCGUGUUGCGAUCCUGUGGCAUGAGAUGUGGCACGAAGGGCUUGAAGAGGCAUCGCGGCUGUACUUUACCGAGGACAACAUCGACGCCAUGUUUGCCACACUCGAGCCGCUCCACGACGCGUUGGAAAAGGGCCCCGAGACCCUUCGCGAGACUUCAUUUGCCCAGACGCACGGCCGCGACCUGGCAGAAGCGAGGGAAUGCGGUCGACGCUUCCGCCAGUACGGUGACAUCUCGGAUCUCAAUCAGGCCUGGGAUCUGUACUACCACGUCUUUAAGAAGAUCGCCAAGCAGCUGCCGGCGGGUAACUCGGUGCAGCUCGACCUGCAGUACGUCUCACCGAAGCUGCUGGCAAUGCGAGACUUGGAGCUGGCGGUUCCCGGUACGUAUCAAUCCGGAAAGCCGAUUGUAUGCAUCACGCGCUUCGAGCAGAUCGUGCUCGUCAUUGCAUCGAAACAGCAUCCUCGUCGACUCAAGAUGAAGGGUUCCGACGGCAAGACGUACCAAUAUCUGCUCAAAGGUCACGAGGACUUGCGACAGGACGAACGCGUCAUGCAACUGUUCGGUCUGGUUAAUACACUGCUCUCGAUUGACUCGGAGAGCUACAAGCGUCGACUCGAGAUCCGUCGGUUCCCCGUGAUUCCGCUCUCGCCCAACACGGGCAUGUUGGGCUGGGUGGAAAAUACGGAUACGCUGCACGUACUCAUCAAAGAGUAUCGAGAACAGCACAAGAUCCUGCUCAACAUCGAGCAUCGAUUGAUGCUUCAGAUGGCGCCGGACUACGACCACUUGACGCUCAUGCAGAAGGUCGAGGUGUUCGAGUAUGCGUUGGACAACACGCCGGGGCAAGAUCUGUACCGAGUGUUGUGGCUCAAGUCGCGCAAUUCCGAGUCGUGGUUGGAGCGACGGUUGGCGUACACGCGUUCGCUGGCGGUGUCGUCGGUCGCAGGCUACAUCCUGGGUCUUGGAGAUCGACACCCUUCGAAUCUGUUGCUCGAUCGGUUGACCGGUCAGAUUGUGCACAUUGAUUUCGGCGAUUGCUUCGAGAUCGCAUGCCAUCGUCCUAAGUUUCCUGAAAAGGUGCCGUUCAGAUUGACGCGCAUGCUGGUGAAUGCGAUGGAAGUGGGCGGGAUCAAGGGGACAUUCAAGGUAACCGCGGAGAACACGAUGCGCGUGCUGAGGGACAACAAGGAGAGCGUGUUGGCGUUGUUGGAGGCGUUUGUUCAUGAUCCAUUGAUUUCUUGGAGGUUGGUUGCGGAUGAUGGCGCCGAGAGGGCGCCUGAUGCGAAGGAGAAUGAAGCUGUAGCCGCCGAAGGUGGCGCUGCUUCCGGUACGGCGACGGGUGCAGUCACUGGUGCGGCCAAUGUCGGCGCGGGUGGAACUGUGGCUCCCAACCAACGCCAAGACCAAGCGCUUUAUCCUGCAGCUGGUGCACCGGGCGGUGGUAUCGCUCUACCUCCCACCGCCACCGCCACCGCCACGGCUGCAGCUGCAGCUGCACCCAACGCCGUCCAAGCGGGUGGCCAGGACAUGCGCAACCAACGCGCUCUCGAAGUCGUCCGUCGCAUCCAAAACAAGCUCAGCGGCAGAGACUUCAAUCCCGCAGAAAGCCUCAGCGUCGCUGCUCAGAUCGAACGCCUCGUACAGGACGCCACGAGCAAAGAGAAUCUGUGUGUCGCCUUCGUCGGCUGGUGUUCCUUCUGGUAA